UUUGGCUUGUCUAGCUGAUGGCCAGCCAAUUGGACAUGAUCAACAGCGAAUAUAUAUACAUCUUUACAUUAACUCUACAAGGAUUCGGACAUCUCCCGUUGGUUGUGGAUACCGGUCUCCCGAAUGACAACGUAACGUUCGAAGCGUACAAAAGGCUUGUCGUGUUGACUUUUGAAAUCCCGGAUUUUAAAGCCCUUUCGUGGUUGAUCGACGCUGCGGCCGAUAUUGCCAAUAAAACCUACAAACACCCAUUCACAGCUGAAGACAAAUACAGCGAACUCACAUUGACCAUUCCCGAAAUGAUCUUUUCGGUGGCGAUUGCGCUCAACAGCAGUACGGUCCCGCUGGAAAACUUAACAAGCCAGCAGUUCCACGACGCAGUCAUCAACCGGGAAUUCCCAAGUGAUCUCCGUCGCGUUGUCAUAGCGUCCAAUGGAAUGCGACUAGCCAAUACGAUCUUCUUGAAGCUUAACGUAACAAGCCGCAAUUUUGAGCCGGCAUGGUUCUAUGAUCCCGUAGCGCAGAAUUUUUCCAAAACAUCCGCGCUGGCCGAUCAAUGGUUCGAUCCAACUGGUCCGCCCCUGAAUCAACCUAAAUGCGGCUUCCUGCGCGAUCGCUGCCUUCAAAGUCAAGAUUUGCUGCCAACGAUCAUUGGCUCCAUUUGCGGUGGUCUCCUUGGAUGCUUUUGCAUUGUGGCGGCAUCCAUUACUUUUAUGAAAUGGAUUUCUGUGCGGAACGAAGGGAAAUGGUGGAAGCUUGCUUAUGACAGUGUUUUACUGCCAACCGAUAUGCUGGUAGCAGAUCCCAAAGAAUCUUUACAGUUGGCGCUGUAUCUCGGUGACAGAGUGCUCGUACGGAUGGAAACCGUUGAAGCUCUGGAUCCCACCGCUGAGUUCAAUAAUCCCACGUUGAAGAUCCUCAGACAGCUCCGAGAUAUGCGCCAUGACAAUGUUGGCCAGUUUCGCGGAUUAGCGAGCCAAAGUCACCUGUUUUGCAUCAUUUGGGAAGGAGGCAGAGGGAGCCUCCGGAGUGCGUUUUCCAACGAUGCCGUCAUGUCGGAAGAAUCGAUUAAAGUGCACUUCAUGUACAAUGUCAUCCUGGGAUUGCGAUAUAUUCACCUUAAUUCGAAUGUCGAAGCACAUGGCAGUUUAUCAACCGCUACGGUUAUCUUGGAUAACCGCUUUACGGCUAAGCUAUGUGACGUCACAUCGAUUUUACUGAUCAACCAGUGCACGAAGACCAGCAAAAUUGGGAGUGUGGCUUUUGUUUCCAAACCGGACGACAUAUAUUGCUUGGGCAAAGUCAUUCUGGAGAUUCUCCGAGGAAAGCAUCUGGAAUCUGGCGAGGAACUGUUUCUGGAUAUGUUCAAAAUCAACAACAAAAUGUUUCUUUCCGAUGUGCGGGAGACACUCAAGUUGUGCUUCCGGGACAACCCUUUGGAGCGGCCAACAAUCAAAGCACUCUACCAGAAACUCGAACGAUUUCGACCCAAAGGCACCGUCGUUGAUAAUCUCCUUCAUGGACUACAAAGACACGCGGAAAAUCUGGAGGAUAUCGUGGCGCGACGCACCGUGGAACUGUUAUCCGAGCGACGGAGAGUCGAUGAUCUUUUAGCCGAAAUCAUACCAAAACCAUUCAUUGCUCGAAUGAGAGACCAGCGCAUUCCUCCUGCCGAGACCUUCGAUUCGGCCACCAUUUGUUUCAGCAGCAUGGUAGGCUUCGAUGAUCUUUGCCGAUCCAAGCAGCCAGUGGAGGUUUGUGCGUUUCUCAAUGAGUUGUACAAUUUCCUCGAUCUGCAAGUGGCUGGCUUUGACGUAUACAAAGUGGAGACUAUCAAAGAUGGCUAUGUGGUGGCUAGUGGUUUACCGCUUCGCAACAACGACCAGCACGGUUUCGAGAUAGCAGCCAUGAGUCUGCAUAUCUUGAACAGCAAUACACCUGGCAAUUUCAAAACCUUCCUACCAAUCAGGAUUGGUAUCCACACGGGACCGAUUGCAGCCGGAUUUGUGGGGAUUCGAAUGCCUCGCUAUUGCUUAUUCGGUGAUACCAUGAAUACUGCCAGUCGAAUGGAAAGCCAUGGCGAUGCGUCAAAGAUCCAUAUCAGCAGCAGUACAAAAACAUUGUUGGACAAUUCAGGACAAUUUUGCCUGGAGCCGAGAGGGCUAAUCAAUGUCAAGGGCAAAGGACUUGUGGAUACUUAUUGGUUAACAGGACAAACGAUGGUCUUAAGAUAAACGAAUUGGCUGAAUAUACUGUAGUAUUGCACCUCUGCUCACUUUAGUUAAAAGUAAUGAAAAUCAGAUGUUGUCGUUCUUAGGCUCACUAUGUACAAAAUAUUCGUAGUGUAAAAUAUCUAUUUUAGUAGGUACGAGCAGUCGUUAAUAAAGUUAUCCA